UAGGGAAGAAGAACGAAAGCGAUGCAGUUCACUGUUGCUCUUCGAAUGCUCACCAAGCGUGUACUCUCCCGGCCGGCGGGCACUACCCUCUCGUGGUCCUCCACACGCCCUCUGUCCAACAGCAAUGAUUUCUUCUGUUUGGGAUGGGAUGGCAGACCACUACUGAACAGCCUCAAUAAAGGUGAGACAGGGAGGCAACGGCUGGAUGAGGAGGAAAGCAACUCUGAAGCGGGAGACUACCGAAAAUACCACGAAAAGCAGAAGUCGUCGCCACAGUUGAAGGUGGAGAUUGUGGCCGCGCGGAAACCGAUUAUCCAAAGGGCGAACCAUGGGGGCGACGAGAAGGAGAUUUUGUUGGUGAGGGAGACGGUGGAUGAUGCACUGCUGCGGGCUGAAGAGAUGUGGCGGGCGGCCAAGGUGAGGGGGGAUCCUGAUUCGCCUCAGGCGAGAGCGCUUGCCAGGAUUCUUCGCGAAAAGAUAUUAUAAUAAACCCAAUAUUUGCUGAUUGAAGCCACCAAUUCUGUUGGUUCUGGACUAUUACUUUG